AUGAUGCAGAAUAUUAUAAAAAAGACAGACGAAUUUCAAGAACGAGAUAGUGGAUGGGCGUUAAUUAAAAUUAUACAUUUGGAAAUUAACGUCAAUGAAUACAAACCUUUACGUGGUUCACAAUAUCUACCAUUACCGCUAUUUAUAAAAAAUAAAAAAGCAUGCAUCAACAUUAUGAAUUCAGAUGAAUAUUGCUUUAAAUGGAGUGUAGCAGCUGCAUUUCAUACUGGAAAUCACCCUGAAAGAACAUCAACGUAUAAGAUUCGAGAUAUUAGAGCGGAAAGAAUUACAUUAGAAAAUAAUAUUUCUUUAAAAUUCGAUGGGUUAACAUUUCCGCUUAAAGUUAGUGAUAUAAAAAUAUUUGAAGAAUUAAACUCAAAUAUCAGCAUAAAUGUUUUUGGAUAUGAAAAAGUGGAAACCAACGAUAAUACGUUCUUUCAAAUUAGUGGACCGUAUUAUUGUACAACAGAAAAAAAAGUGCAUCAUAUAAAUCUGUUGUUGAUAGAAAACGAAGAAAAAUCACACUAUGUAUAUAUAAAAAAUAUAUCCAGACUAAUCGCAUCACAAAUCAGUAAACAUAAAGGAACGGAUUUAAAACAACAUGAGCCUGAGUGUAACAGAAUUGUUACAUCAAUGCCAAAAAAUGAAAACAAGAUACUAAAAUUCAAAAACUUUGGAAAGAAAAUGGUAGUUCCUUUUGCAAUUUACGCGGACUUUGAAUGCAUUCUAGAAAAUAUCGAUACAUGCUCACCAGAUCCGAAGAUAUCAUCAACGAUAGAUAUCCAACAACAUGUUCCGUGCUCUUAUGCAUACUACAUUAAAUGCUCAUAUGAUGAUAAUUUAGAUGAAUUUCGCAUGCAGACUAAUCCUGGAUGUGAGAAUGAUUUUCAUUUAGAAAAUGGGAAUAUUAAUGUUAUACCUAUUAAUAAAGAAAAUUAUAUUUCUCUUUCUAAGUGGAUUGAAUACGAAGAAAAUAAAUUUGUAGAAAUUAGAUUUUUAGAUUCUUUUAGAUUUAUGGAUACCAGUUUAGAAUUAUUAGCUUCAUACUUAUCUGAUAGCGAUUUAUUAACUGUGAGAAAAAUGUUUACCGAUGUUGAAAAUUUUUCUUUGGUCAGACGUAAAGGGAUAUUUCCAUAUGAAUAUCUAAAUUCAUGGGAAAAAUUAAACGAUACUACACUACCAUCAAAAAUUCAAUUUAAUAAUAGUCUAUUAGAUAGUGUUUACUCAGACGAAGAUUAUGCUCACGCGGAAAGAGUAUGGGAAAAAUUUGAAUGCAAAAGUUUACGUGAUUAUUUAGAAUUAUAUUUAAAGAUAGAUGUGUUGUUAUUAACAGAUAUUUUUCAAAAUUUCCGUCAAGUAUGUCUGAAAAUAUAUUCUUUAGAUCCUUGUCAAUAUUUUACGGCUCCUGGGUUGGCUUGGGACUCUAUGUUAAAAACAACAAAAAUCGAAUUGGAACUGUUAACGGAUAUCAAUAUGCAUAAUUUUAUUAAAAGAGGUAUAAGAGGCGGUUUAACGCAAUGCAGCUUAAGGCAUUCUGUUGCUAACAAUAAAUACUUAGAGAAUUACGAUGCGAAUAAGCCAUCACAAUAUAUUAUGUAUUUAGACGUAAACAAUCUUUACGGUCUAGCCCAAUCAGAAUAUCUACCCCAUUCAAAUUUUAAGUGGUGUAAAAAUGUUGAUAUUGAUGUUUCAAAUAUAUCAGAUGACUCAGAGAUAGGCUAUAUUUUAGAGGUGGAUUUAGAAUAUCCAUCUUCUUUACAUGUUUCACAUAACGACUUACCGUUCUGUGCAGAAAAUAAGCAAAAUUCUAAUAUGAAACAGAAAAAGUUAGUAGCUGAUCUGGAGGCAAAAAAAAAAUAUAUCAUUCACUAUAGAAAUUUAAAACACUGUUUAAAACAUGGUUUAAUUUUAAAGAAAAUUUAUAGAGUAUUAGAAUUCAAUCAAUCUCGCUGGCUAAAGAGCUUUAUUGAUUUGAAUAAUUUUCAUAGAACCCGAGCUACAAAUGAUUUUCAAAAAAACUUUUUCAAAAAGCAAAACAAUGCUAACUAUGGUAAAACCAUGGAAAAUGUAGACAAAAGAAAGGAUGUGAAAAUUGUAACUGAUUGGGAAAGUAGUGGCCGCCGUUUGGGCGCUCGAGCUUAA